AUGAAAGGAACUGAAGGCGCCGGUAAGAUCAAAGAGGAGAGCAAGAAGGAAAACGUAGAAGACUCCUUUGAGAAACCAAAGCACGGAGAGCCUCUUGACACCACAGGAAAAGAAGACGCCGUCAAGCCCAUCAAGGUGGAGAGCAUUGAGACCAAGGAGGAGCGCAUGGAAGAAGAUGAAGAAAGCGAAGAUGACGAUGACGACGGCGAUACCCCGUCUACCCUAGACGACGUGUAUGAGGCAUUGGGAGAAGUUACUACACCCGGGUCAACUUGCACAGCAGGUGUUGCCACAUCCCUUCCAGCUCUGCCCGGACUUAACGUAAAGGGUGUUGGGACAGUUCUGCUUCCAGUGACGGACGUUACUGCAUCAGCUCUCAAAGCAGUUGCCAAGCAGGCACCUCAUGGCCAGGGUAUGGAGACUGUUCUAGACACAUCUGCACGAGACACCCUACAGAUUGAUGCUGAUCAAAUCACUCUUGACCAUCCUUGUUGGAACACUUCCCUACGGAAGCUUGUGGACACUGCUGCAACUUCUCUUGGAGUUGCGCCCAGCCUGGUACAACCCCACUUGUACAAACUGCUGCUCUAUGAGACCGGAGGAUUCUUCAAGAAACACAGAGACACAGAGAAAGAAGAUGGCAUGUUUGCUACCUUGGUCAUUCAGCUGCCCAGUGUCUUUCAUUGA